CCUCUUAUUAGCUCCAACCAAAAGUAAGGGUCAUACUUAGCAUAUACAUUGUACACAUACAGACCAUUAUGUACGCUGUUUCCGUUCUACUUCCUUCUUUGGCUACAACACGAAUCAAGCGAAGCCACCCACAGGCGCCAGUCAGGGCAAUGCGAGCCGUGGUCCAGCGAGUGGCCUCUGCCAGCGUCGAGGUGGAAGGGUGCACUGUUUCGCAGAUUGGGCCGGGCCUGCUCGUCCUCGUCGGCAUCCAUGACUCCGAUUCCGAGUCCGAUGCCGAAUACAUAUGCCGGAAGGUCUUGAACAUGAGAUUGUUCCCAAAUGAGGAUACUGGCAGAGGAUGGGACCUAAACGUAAUGCAGAGGAAAUAUGAAAUUCUACUAGUGAGUCAAUUUACAUUGUACGGAUUCUUGAAGGGUAACAAACCAGAUUUUCAUGUUGCAAUGGCACCCCAGAAAGCAGAGCCUUUUUAUGCUUCUUUGGUUGAUAGGUUCAAGAAAUCUUAUAAUCCUGACGUAAUAAAAGAUGGUAUCUUUGGAACAAAGAUGAAGGUCAGUUUGGUUAAUGAUGGACCAGUCACAAUGCAGCUAGAUUCGCAAUUGCCUAAAUGAGCACAGUGAUCGGAAUCAUUGAUCCGCACAAAGUUCUCAUUUUUUUAGUAUAAUUUCAAUUUAUAUUUGACUGUUCAAAUCUUUGUUAAAGAGUACAUAUGGCUUUUUUUUUUUCUUUUUCUGAUGAGAAGGUGGUGCCCAAAGGCAAGUACAUAAGUUGUGUUGAUCUCCACUUGGUAUAUACACUGAAUCAUUUCUUCAAUCAAAAUUUUUGAUAGUUUCAGUAGCU